AGGCUUAUUACUGGCUUGAAUAAUCAUGGUGGCAUUUUCAGAUGUAGGCAUGAGGCUUUUGUUUUCAAUAAAUGAUCAGGAGAGAUGUGCUUUGUAGUUGUGGUUUGAGUUGAUUUUCAUUUGGUUUUCUAAUAAAAGUAAUCCUGUUCUCCCAAUAUGGUGCAAAAAUUUAUUCCGUUGUGAAGUUCAUCUCAUGUAAAGAGGCCUCUUCCGUCUCAUGACCUAAGAAUUUUUGAAAGCCCAGUUGAUGUCUCCUAACAAAAGGACCAUGAUAAGGGGUUCAAAGUCAGGGUUCAAACCCCUAUCUCAAUUUGAAAAGGAGAAAAAGACCAUUUCUAAACAAGAGAAUUCGAAGAACAAUAUUUCAAUCAAUAAGCUAUUACUUUCAACACUAGAAACGAAAAUGCAGUCAAUUCUACAGCUCUUUGGCUGGAAAAUAAUACAUCUUCAAGUUUUCUGCAAUAUUUUUUAUGCAAACUCUCUAAGAUCCAUUCUAGUGACCCUUGUUGUCUUUGCGCUGGUUUUCUCUCCCCUGUUGCUAUGUGAUGCAGUUCGAAUUACCUCUCCAGGCUUCUUUGGACCAAAGCGACCCAUAUGUCCUGCUUGUGUCUGUUGCCAAGCUGCGCCACCAGGCUCCUGCUGCAGUUGCUGCGCUUCCACUGUUGGACCUGAGUCCCAAAAUGAAUCUCCAUGACUUCAUAUCUUUCCUCAAUAAUGGGAUUCCAUUUAUCGGUACUAGUUUUUUCGGGUUUUCAAGGCUAAGCGAUGCCCUGUUACAUAUAUGAUAUAUGUCCUAGACAUUUUCCGGGUGCUGUAAUUUCACACAUAUAUACACUCUCAAUAAAUUUAGCAGUGUCCU